AGGAGGAGGUUUCACCUCCUGUGAAGGCGUUCCCAGCACCCUUGUGUAGAGGGCGGAGUGUUCAUAAGUGACAGCACGGAGCCUGUGGUGUCUCUGAGGAACUUUGGCCCAGGGCAGGGAGCUGCCAUGGGCUGAGCGUGGUGUGGAAGGGGCACAGUGGUGAUGUCGCACGCGUGGGGCUUGGAGGGGGUCUCUGCUUCUUCAUCUGCUGCUGCAUGAAGGGUUUCACGGUCCUGGGAAGAGGAGGCAGUUUCUGUAUUGCAAAUGGCUUUUGGGUGACCGUGUUCUCCUGAUCAUCUUCAUCCUAACCUUUCCCUUCCAAAACAGCAGAAGAUGGAAGCCUUAUCUCCUUUCCUUGGGAUGAAGAUGAGACGCCAUAAACUCUUUCUGACUCUCUGCAUGGCUGGUCUCUGCCUCAUCUCCUUCUUGCACUUCCUCAAGGCCCUUUCCUAUGUCACCUUCCCCCGGGAGCUGGCUUCGCUUAGUCCCAACCUCGUCUCCAGCUUCUUCUGGAACAAUGCCCCCAUCACACCUCAGGUCAGCCCUGAGCCAAGGGGUGCAGAGCUCCUCCGCACACCCUUGUACUCCCACUCCCCCUUGCUUCAGCCCCUGCCUCCCAGCAGAGCCAGCGAAGAGCUGCACAAAGCCGAGUUUGUGCUGCCAGAAGACACGACAGAAUAUUUUGUCCGUACUAAAGCCGGCGGUGUUUGCUUUAAACCAGGCACCAAGGUGCUGGAGAAGCCACCCGUGGGAGGACGGCCAGAGGAGCGAGUGGAUGGCACAGCCUCGGGGCGCCUGGUUCGGAAGCCGCUGAGUGCCAGCGGGACCAAGCGGCGCAAGUGGGUGGAGUGUGUGUGCUUGCCGGGCUGGCACGGCCCCAGCUGCGGGGUCCCCACUGUGGUCCAGUACUCCAACCUGCCCACCAAGGACCGCCUCGUGCCGCGGGAGACUCCCCGGCGCGUCAUCAAUGCUAUCAACGUCAACCAUGAGUUUGACUUGCUGGAUGUCCGCUUCCACGAGCUGGGAGACGUGGUGGACGCCUUCGUGGUGUGCGAGUCGAACUUCACAGCCUAUGGAGAGCCGCGGCCCCUCAAGUUCCGCGAGAUGCUUCUCAACGGCUCCUUCGACUACAUCCGCCACAAGGUGCUCUACGUCUUCCUGGACCACUUUCCCCCUGGUGGCCGCCAGGACGGUUGGAUUGCUGACGAUUACCUGCGCACCUUCCUCACCCGCGACGGCAUCGCUCGGCUCCGCAACCUGCGCCCAGAUGACGUCUUCAUCAUCGAUGAUGCCGAUGAGAUCCCGGCCCGUGACGGCGUGCUCUUCCUCAAGCUCUAUGAUGGCUGGACGGAGCCCUUCGCCUUUCACAUGCGCAAGUCGCUAUACGGCUUCUUCUGGAAGCAACCGGGCACUUUGGAGGUGGUCUCGGGCUGCACUAUGGGAAUGCUCCAGGCUGUCUAUGCUACUGAUGGGAUCCGCCUGCGGCGCCGCGAGUACUACACCAUGCCUGGCUUUCGGCAGUAUGAGAACAGCACAGGACACAUCCUGGUGCAGUGGUCGCUGGGCAGCCCCCUCCACUUUGCUGGCUGGCACUGCUCCUGGUGUUUCACCCCAGAGGGGAUCUACUUCAAACUGGUAUCAGCCCAGAAUGGGGACUUCCCCCGCUGGGGUGACUACGAGGAUAAACGAGACCUCAAUUAUAUCCGGGAGCUGAUCCGGACUGGUGGCUGGUUUGAUGGUACUACGCAGGAGUAUCCCCCCGCUGACCCCAAGGAGCAGAUGUACGCUCCCAAGUACCUGCUUAAGAACUACCAGCGGUUCCGCUACCUGUUGGAGAACCCCUACCACAAAGCGGAGGGUGCUGGGUGAGGCCACCGGGGCUUGCGUGGGGAAUCAGAACUUCACAUCAAAGGGAAAGAGUCGAGUGUUUUCGUCUGUUCCUUUAUUUUUUCGUUUUCUUUGGUUCUGGGUAGGAUGUAUCAUUUCUCUGGGGUCUGUGCCCUUUCCCCCCUUCUUCCCUUCAUCCCAGGGUGACUCCUGCUGACUCAGAUUCUUCCGUCAAGUGAAGGGAGGACUGGGCAAGAAGAGGAGAGAUGUAGGGAACCGACUCUGGUUGUAGAAUAAAGACUUUACUGCAUCUCCAGGACCUCUCCUGCUGGCUGGAGAGAAUCUCUACAGCCAGCUGGUGGGUUUUCCUCCGGGGAAGGCUGUGAGGGUCCCAUGGGGUCCCACGGCAGCUGUUUCCAUCCACCCUCAUCCUUUGUGGAUCAGAGCAAGCACAGAUGUGAGCCUGGGCUGAUCAGUGAGCAUGUGAGUCAGCAGGCACAAACCGAUGCGAGUGGUCACGUGUGCAGAUGUGUGUCAUGGGCAUUUUUUUUGGAUGAGUGAAUGUGCAAAAGCAUCUCAGUAUGCAUUUAUUUUUUGUAUACCUCUGUAUUCAAAGAUUGUUUUAGGGAAGGGAAAUACUUUGCUUCCAAGGUGUUCUCCCCAGUAUGCAGCCUCCUCCUGCACUCCUGCAGGCUUAUUGCGUCUGUCCUGGGCUGUAUCUUGCCCUGAUGCUCUACCAAGCCUGGAGCAGGCAGAUGGGAAGCAGAGAAGAAAAAACUGAUUUUUUUUUGUACCUCCUUUUUCACCCCCACCCCCACAACACUGGCUUGGCCCACAGAAGCUGAAGCAUCUUCCCUGCAGAACAUGGUUCUUUUGGGGCUGGGAUAAGCUCUGUAGGGGGACCUAAUCAGAUGGUGGGAGUGUAUGUUUACAAGUGCAUGGUUUCCUAUGUGCAUGAGUUCUAACAUGCAUGGUUUUGGUAUGUAUGUGGGCAUUCGUUACCAGUAUUGGGGAGGAAGGGGUCAUAGUUGGGCUUGGGCAUAUGUGCUUUCAGGAAAUGGUGGGAUCUAGAAGCUGUGAUUUGUGUCUUAGCAUGGAUGACUUUUGGGGGCAUUUGCAGGAGAAGGCCAGGGAGACCAUUAGCUCUGUAUAGCAGUGCUACACACGUGACACUCUUGCACGCCUCUCUGGCUGCCUCCACAGCCCCAUGGGCUGUGCCUGUUGCAGAGCUGCUGCUUACCCGUGCUGGCUAUUCCUUCUUGCCAUGGGAUAAAAGGGAGAGGAAAAGGACAAAGCUCUGAGUCAGUGAUGGGUUUUGUGGGGAAACAUGAAGCCUGUCAAGGCACAGGAUCCAUCUGUCUGCUUGUAGGGUGAGAGGGAGCUUAUGGAGAAAGGGGCUGUGGGCAGAGUCCCUCUGGGCCCAAGAAAACUGUUUUGAGAUGAUCAUGGAAUCCAGAGAGCAUGUGCAGACAAGACCAUGCAGAAGAGCCAGGGAUCUUGGAGGACAGUAGUUGAAGCUCUUUGUGCCAGCAUCUGCUCAGAGUUUGCCAGUGAUGGGUAGUCAGGAUCUGGCCUGUUGUUGUCCUGGAUUGAUUCAGCUCAUUGAGGAUGCAGAUCCAGGUCCCCCCCUGAUUACCAUGCCUUAGCAGAUGGCUUGAUGAGGUGCCCGGAGCCUGGGUUGCAGCAGGCAGAGGGUGAAAAAUACAAUGAACGUGCUCUAUCAGCCUUGCAGUGGAAAGACUGGCUCAUGCUCCAAGCAGAGAAGUAAGGAUCGUGUGGAGGAGGAGAAUAAUGUUGGCAUAAGGAAGAGUGUCCCUGACAUCAGGCCAGCAGUGCUGAAGAAGGAAGGUUUCCAUUGCCAAUAACUCACUCCAUCAGGACUCCAUAUUACUGUUGUCCUGUCCAUUCCCACCCUUGUGCCUCAUUCCUAUCUCUCUCUCUCUCUUUCUCCCUCCUACUCCCUUCUCUAGAGAAGUGAAAAACUUGAAUAACUUACUUGCCUAAUAAGACUGAGACUGAAGCAGAAUGAAGAUUAAGGUCUCAGAUCAAACUGAGAUGAAGUUCCUCUUUGCUCCUUCCAUAUCUCGUGCCAUAGUGCCUGCUUACCAGAACUGAAGGAACAUCUUUUUUCUUGUUGUUUUUGCUACGGGUUUCGGUUUUUUGUUUAUUUGUUUUAAAUCACUGUUCUCAUUUCUACUGUGUCUUUCCCACAGAUAGAAAAACCUCUUUGGGAACUGAAUGGAGGGAGAAGCUGUGGUAGGCAGAAUGUUCUUUCCCCAGAGGGAAGCUGUGGUUCUUAUGAGUCCAGAGUUGCUGAUACUGCAGGAAGGAGUCUUGUCACAGUCAUGGGGGUCCUUGUGCCUAGUGACAGUGUUUUGGUCAUAGAUAACAGAGAAAUGGGGGAUCCAGCUGAGAAAGGAGGAGCCUGCUUUGAGCAAGAUGAGAGCAGUAACGCUGAGGCGGCAGUACAAGGGGAAUGCGCUUUCCCCUGGGCCAGCUUGAGGAGAGCAGGUGUGUUACCUCAUGGGAUUCAGCAGCAGAAAAAAAGUAUGGAAAGAAUAAGCUAUUUUUUAUGUUUAGUCUUGGUAGGGAGCCUGAAAUCUACUCUCAAACCUUUGGUUUUGCCUUAUCUCAGCGACAACAACACAAGCGCAGUACCAGGCCUUGUUGAAGAAGAGGAGAGGAAGAGAAAUCAGUCUUUGUGUGGGUGCUUUGGCAGCAUGAGAGCCCCAUGAAGGAGGAGAUAAAAAGUGCAUGUGUGCUGAGGGUGCACCUUGUUAUCUUCCACAGUGGGAGCAGCCUUCCUUGAUAACAGCCCUUCCUGUGCAUGGGCAAUGUUGGGGAUUUUUAAUGCACUACAAGUCAACUUUUUAUUGCUGAGGUAUGACCUUUGUCUCUUUGGAGUUUCAGGUGAGCCUGCAGCUGCAAUAUCUGGAUCACCCAUUCCUGAAGUACUGCCUGUUGCCUUCUCUCCCCUCUCUCCAUUAUUUGCUCCGUCAUUCUCUGCCUAACCCCUCUGCCUUUCCCUCCUGCCCCCUGAGGAAGAGCAGUGCUGGGGCUUUUCUGCAGAACUCUGGCUCUGCAGUUCUGGAGAACUCUGUCUUCCUCCUGGACUUCCUUCCUUCCUUAAUUCUUAGGAAAUUAAAUUUACAACAGGCUUCCUUUGUGGUAGGAGGAAGGUACUUUACAGAUUAAAUGUGUUCCCUUUUUUUUUUUUUCCCUCAAUAAUCAUUUAAACAUUUUCUUGAUUUAAGGCCAAACCAGUCAAUGUUUCUGUCUAACCUCAUGUCUAGUGUCCUUAGGGAGCUCAAGUGCUUGUCAUUAAAAAUCUUCCUUCUUGUCCCUGAAGGGGAUGGGGACUAGCAAACUGAAUUUUGCACAGUGAUUUCCCAUGGUGGUGGCUUGCCCUCUGCCCCGCCUUGCCUCUACGGCUGUGCUGUGACCUCCAUAGCCAGUGCUCAGGGGGGACAGCCACCCUCCUAGGCAACCUCCACAAGAGGCAAAUCAAAAGCAUGUGGCUUUGUGGGGUGGUGAGUGAGACAAAGAAGGAGGUAGGUUUAUAUCAGACCUUAAUUUUCCAGUGCUGAACUCUUUGAGGUGAGUGCUGAGGUUCCUUGAUCUUGUCUAAACCAGGUGCUAUGAGGUCUGAGAAGGAAAGGACUAAAAAAGAACCCUGUCCUGUCCCUGAGAUAAGACCCAGAUCCAGAUGUCUGUUAGUAGCAAAGCCAAGUGCUUGCUGCAUGUCUGCGAGUGAAACUGUCUGAUGGAGGGAGAGCAUCACCAGCCUUUUCCUGAAAGCCUUCUUCAGCUCUGUAUUUUUUUCCCCAAAAACCUUUCCACCUUCAAACUAAUUGGUGCAAGGAAGGGCCAGGUAGUAGGUGAAGUAGUAGGGUGACAUCCCCAUGCCCUGCUCCUUUUCUCUCUGCCCAUCUCUGUUGCUAACUUUCUUUGUGCUUCCCACCUUUAAAAAAAAAAAAAAAAAAGGAUUGUGGGAUUGUAUGUCCAUGCAUGGCUUUGGAGUGGGGGACUCAUGAUCCUUCUUCAUCCCAAGUGAAGAGAAGGAUCUGGGCUUGGGUGGACCUGCAGUAGGUAAGCUUGUAAGCUUGCUAAAGCAGAGGGAACAGGGCAGGUCAGCUGCUUUUGCCUCUUGGGAAGACUGAGGGUAAUACUGUACCCAAAUGAUAGACAGAAAAGAUGGGGUUGUUUUGUGCCUGUGCGGUUGGUGUGAGGGAUGGCACGCUGAAGUCUGCUCUCGCUGUUGCGUUCUCUGAUCCCUGUGUCCUGCUGUGUUUGCUGUUAUGCACCUCGGGCCAGCCUCCUGAUUUUAUCUUUGUGGCAGGUAAACAAGGGUACCUUGUGGUCUCCAGGUAAUGGAUUACUCGGGGUGGGAGAGAGUGACAGUGCAGAACGGGUAUUUGUUCCUCUCCACACUCCUUGGUUUAUCCUUGUGGGAUGUUAGUGUCUUUUCCCCUCCAAAACAUUCCCCGGACUCUGUCCCUGUCUCUCGGCUCCUGCCAGCAAUCUCCGCAGCUGCUAUGCCUCUGCACUGUGAAGACGUGUCCAGGGUCACUCCUGGUCCAAAUAGUGAACACUGGUGGUGAAGAGGGAAGGGAUCCUGGCUUCACUGACCUCAAACCUUGGUGAGAAACGAGGGAAGCGAGUGGGAGAAUGGAUCCUGAAUCCCUCCAUUGUUGUGCUCUCCCCACCCCCCUCCCCAAACCCCUUCCCUUCUGAUUUCAGAGACAUUGGACAAACUUGCUCUUAUUAUGGAAAGAAAGGGGGAGCUGGAGGUAAGAGAGGUGGCAGGAGGGGGCUCCAAUCCAGCACUAAGAAAGGAGAGCUGUUUCCAUUGCAAUACACUGAUACAUAAAGUUCUAGGGACUACAGAUAAUGGACUAAGAAGGGAUCCAAAGUACCCUGAGACUAAGAAUUCAAACCACUGUUUUUCCUUUCGGGGUGCAUGAUGAUGCAGUAUCAUCCUGGAGGUGAUCCAGCAGCACUUCCAAGCCUGGGGUCUACCUGCACCUACUGGUGGUGGUGUUGCCCCUGCAAUGGCCCCAGAACACUGUUUUGGCAAAAGAACACGUGGACUUGCCAAAACCAGAAGAAAAAAGAAAAAGAAAAAAGAAAAAAAAAACGGUGUCUGCAAAGCUCCUUUCCACUCUGUAAUUUAUAAAUAGCAAGUAAUAAUGAACUUUUUGUAAGGAUAAAUCAAAUGUACAUUCUGAAAUCAUUUUCUCUGUAAAUGGUUGGAUUUCAUUUCACCCUUAAAGGGAUGCUUAAAAGGAGGAGAUAAUAAUAAAUUUACAAAGUAU